AUGAUUGCGACGACAAACUCAACAGAGGGUGGAACACAGACGGAAGCGUAUAGAAUAUUUGCAUGUACCCCUUCCUCGGUAGUUGGGUUACAGCCACAAUCGAUUUAUUUCUCGGCAGUUAACAUUUUCCUCUCCAUCACGGCAUUUCUUGGGAAUUUUCUAAUCCUUGUUGCCCUUAACAAGGAAUCUUCCCUUCAUCCUCCGUCCAAAAUCUUGUAUCGUUGUCUGGCAACAACUGAUCUGUUGGUUGGUCUUGUUACCCAGCCUCUCGCUGCUACUUAUUGGAUCUCCUUGGUUCACGAACACUGGAGUCUUUGUCGAUACGCAGGGGCCGCAUUCUCCAUAUCAAGCUUUGCAUUAUGUGGGGUGUCUUUGUUGACGUUGACGGCCAUAAGCGUGGACAGACUUCUCGCUCUGUUGUUGGGAAUAAGAUACAGACAAAUAGUUACUUUAAAGCGUACAUGUAUUAUAACAGCUACGUUUUGGAUUUUUUCCGUAGCCGCUGCAUCAUUUUCCGUUUCACAUACUCGAAUUACCCUUUGGUGUAGUAUUAUAGUCAUACCGUCAUGCUCAGUGAUCUCAAUCGCCUCGUAUACAAAGAUAUUUCGCACUCUUAGACAUAAUCAGGUUCAAGUACAAGAUCAUGUUCAACCGAAUGCGCUGAACAUGGUAAGAUACAGGAAGGCAGUAAGCAGUGCACUGUGGGUGCAGUUAGCAUUAGCCGUGUGUUAUGUACCAAAAUUUACAACGCUAGCUGUGAUCACUAAUAGAAAAACUUAUCCUUUACAUGUAGACGUUAUCGAUGCAAUAACAACUAUUUUAACAUAUUUUAACUCCACUUUGAACCCGUUUCUUUACUGCUGGAAAAUCAAAGAAAUGAGACAAGCAGUAAAGCAAACAAUCCGACGAGCACUCUGCUUUCCAUGGACUUAG